CUCCCUCCCUCCCUCCCUCCCUCUCUCUCUCUCUCUCUCUCUCUCUCUCUCUCUCUCUCUCUCUCUCAUUCACUGUCCAACCAUGGCUAUCAACAAAGAAUCUGUACCUCAACCAGUGAUCGGCAAAAUUGGUCCCUACACAGUGUUCAUGACCCCACCAUCCACUCCCAAACCAGCCGAGUCCGCACCUGCCGCUUUCGAACCGCCGAAGAAGGUGGUGCCUCCGCCGGUUCAGCCGCCACCGCAGCAAUUUGAGAAGCCUGCGCAAAAUGGGUCCUUUCUGGGGUUCUUCAAGAAUGCUGUCAACCGAGUGCAAGAUGCUCACUCAAGCUUGGAUGACCAUGUGGCGCAUUGGUUUGGUUUGAACCAAUCGAAGUAUCAGUGGGCAUUGGACGAUUACUAUGAAAACAAAGGAUUGGAAAAGGAAAGUAUCAAAACUAAAGAAGUUUCAAGCAAACAACAGAAUGUGUAACUUACUCGAACAGAAACGGUUUCGAGUUGAGCAGUGUUUGAACUCUUAUUAAGAACUUGUUGCUGAUUCAGAGUAUAGGAUCUUGGGACCUUUCUUCAGGCAAGGCACCGCUCUACUCCUUACUUCUACAAUCUUCUUGUUGUGAUAUAGGUUGAGGUCCUGUCUUUCAUCUGAAGGUGACUUCGUGCAUCGAGAUAUAUCUAUAUCUAUGGUAGUUGAGUCUAGUUAUGUUCAAAUUCUGAAGAGAUUGGCAUAUGUGGACUCUUGUUAGUAAAUUCUGGUAUUUCAUGUACAAGAAUGUGAAGAGGUGGAAAGUUCACACUAAUAUCCAGGAACUUCGUAGUUCUGAA